AUGCCCUCUUUCUUCGCUCCAGGCCACGGCCUGCCUCCCACGCCGCCUCACAUCAACAGUGGUGGCCGUCUGGAUGAACCCGCGUUUUAUCCGGUCGGUCAUGCUGCGUUCCCGCCUCGCUACCACCAGAGCGGCUCCGAGUUCAUCGAACAGUACUCGCAGUCCCUGGUCUACGCCAAGCCGAACUCGAUGAGCUUGCAUCCGGCGUCGGCGCACCCGAUGCACGGUGCUCGGGAGAUGCACCCCUUGGGUCAUCAGCAGCCGAUGUAUGGACCCAUGGCCACCGCGUUGCCUCCCAUGCGGGCCAACGUCCAGCUGCCUCCCAUGGACAGUGCAAUCCCCCCGCAGUACCGUCGUCCGGAGAUCGCCCCGAUGCACCAACAGCCGGAACAGCAGCAGUCCCGCAAGGAGGAGAAAGCCACCGGAGGUGUCGCCGCCCACCUGGAUUACGAGAUGGAUCGCAUGUCCGACUUCGUGGCGGAAAUGACCCAGGGAAUGUAUGAUUUGUACAACACCAAGAUCACCCUUGCAGAUAUUGACUUCGCGCGAAGCAUCUCCCCAGGAUCUUCAGUCCCCCCCCAGUUCCGGAAAUACGUCUACCAGAUUUUGUCUUCGACUCGCCUGCCCAGUUCGACCAUUCUACUGGGCCUGUUUUACAUGUCCAGCCGGAUGCGCCUGUUGUCCGCGCAGCGGGUAUUCCAGACCGGCAGCGGCCAGAUCUACCGCAUGUUGACGGUGGCUCUGCUGCUGGGCAGCAAGUUUCUGGAUGAUAAUACCUUCCAGAAUAAGUCGUGGUCGGAAGUAAGCAACAUCCCUGUGGCGGAACUGAACAAGAUGGAGCUGGAGUGGCUUUUCGCCUUUGAGUGGAAGAUCCACGAGCGUAUCUAUGACCAGCAGGAUGGGUUCGCCUCGUGGCGCCGACACUGGGACAACUGGCGGGCUAAGGCCAACGUACGGGCUCAGGAGUCUUCUCGUCAGACCCUGGCGCCUCUCGACACCAACGUCCGUCAUCACCAGGCGGUCGUCAAGCCCCUUAUGUCCCCCGAGGGACCCAUCCCACCGCAAUACCAGCGCAGCUCGCACAUCGAGAACUCCUGGCUCAACCCUGCCGCCUCCGAGUACUCCCCGCCGUCGGCUCCUCACAGCGGUCCCAACACCCCCGACUACUUCUCCGUCGGGCCCUGGGGCUUCACCAACCCGCCGCCGCCUUACACCCAAGGGGCGUGGAUCCCUCCGCCUCCCCGGUACAUUGCCCCGUCGGCCCCACGCUCGCAGCCCCCGUCCUACCACCACACUCCGGCGUACGGCCUGCCCUUCGCCCAGAGUGUCUGGACGGGCCACGGUUCUUCGUGCGGUUGCAUGUACUGUGCCAAGCACAUGGAGCAUUACAUGUGCAACAACACCUUUCCCGCGCUACAGCCCAUUUUAGCAGGCUAA